UGAGAGAGAUUGUUCUUGUGUUGCAAUGUCGCUAUCGUGCUACACAUAUUUCUCUGUUCUCUCUCACAAACAGGAUUCAUUUGUUUGGCCCUGAAACCCUUUUUUUUUUAACGAGUGGCCUCCAAGGUGUUCUAAAUUUUUGCCUCUCAAAUAUCAGUAUUCCGUCUUUGUAUCGAUUCACAAACGCAGGACAAAGUGCAAAAAAGAUAAGCUCAGUGUUUUUGAGGGAGGAUGACUCAGACAGGUUGACGUUUUCUGCAAGAGAAAGCGAAUCGGCCGUCAUGAUUAGUUGCGUCCGUCCGUUUCUUCUUCUUUCUCUCAGUUUGUGGUCGUGAGAAUGAGAGCUGAAGUUCUGUGAGGUGUUGAAUUUGUCCCAAACCAAGACUCAACCCCUCGCACAGAGGAGGGAGUUGAGUGUGACUGUUUCCACAAAACCGUGUCUGUAUUAAAAUGAAUUCACUUCGAAAGUGGCUGUACAAACCAAAGAAACAUGAUUCAUCUUUGUUGGCCCAGUUUUACUAUGCCGAUGAAGAGCUCAAUGCAGUGGCCACCGAGUUGGACAGUUUUGAUGGAAGGAAAGACCCUGAACGGUGUGCAUCACUUGUCUACCAGUUGAGACAAUGCCAAGACAAGGUGCUGACAAUAUGCAGUCAAUUGAUGGAUGAAGUAAUGCCUCUCGAGAGAGCAUGUCGAGAUUUUAGGUCCAAAUUCCCUGAUGAUGUUUUGCAGGAGAACCUUGCUGGACAGUUGUGGUUUGGUGCUGAGUGUUUGGCAGCGGGUUCAAGUAUUCUAAAUAGGGAAACUGAAAGUGCAGUGAUGCGUCCUCUCGCCAAGGCAUUGGCCAAAUCGUUGGAAACGGUGCGAGAGCAGCUACGCGAACAGUGCCUCCGUAACUCGAUGGAAUUCCCGGACAAGUUACGCGAGAGCCUCUGUUUAUUUGAUCGACUCUUUGCCGAAUUCGAGCUGAGCUACGUUAGCGCCAUGGUUCCAGUUAAAACAGCACUCGAGUACAACCACCAGCAAGACAUAAUCGUCUUGUUUUCCGAGACGCUGCAACGUGCCUUGAGUCUGGGUCUCCUAUCCCAGGACAUGGUGGACGCCUGUGAUCCCGCUCUUAUGUUCACCAUCCCACGGCUCGCCAUCGUGUGUGGCCUGCUUGUUCUUCCCGAUGGACCUCUCAAUCUUCAGCGGCAACUGUCAGAACUCUUUCGACCUUUUCGCAAUCUACUGUGCAAAAUACGCGAUUUGCUUUGGACUCUAACUAGCCAAGAGCUGCAGCUACUCGAAAAAGCGCUCUGCUCGACGGAUCCCACUCCUACGCCAGACUCUUCUGGUACUUAUCCCAUGUGCAAGACAGAUGAGUACAUUACCAAGUUUCAUCAAGACUACCCUACUACACAGAGAGUGGCAGGAAAGCUGUCGCAAAAGAACAACAGCAGUACCGCCGCCACGGCGCCGGAGGUGGAUAGCACCGACCAAGGUCGCACUGGUCCUGCAGUUGAGCGAAGAAAGAAUGACGAAGGUGAUACCAGCUCGUGUUCAAGUUCGUCGUCAGCUUGCGGUACGAGUAGUGACAGCUCUUCUGUCACAUCCGCUGCCUCCGAGUGUCAAGACGAUGAAGAAAUCGCUCUAGCUCUUCAGGCAGCCGAGAUCGCCUCUCGGAAUCAAAUUCGGGGCCGGUUCAAAAGCAGCGAAGAUCUGAUCCACAGACUCUUUGUUUGCAUUUCUGGCGUGGCCGAUCAACUACAGACUAACUUUGCAUCGGAUCUGCGCGCCAUACUCAAGGCCGUCUUCCUCAUUAACGCGUCUCCGACGGAGGAGGAGCCAGUGGAAGAAGCGGAAGAAGGGGAGGAGGAGGUGGAUAGCGGCAAUUCAGCGUUGUUGGACGAUGCCUGGUACGUCAACAACGGCUCAUUUUUGACAUUCCCCGGCCAGCAACUUCAGCAAGAGACGUCCGUUAACGAAGAGGAGAGGAGAAGCUCUUUGCCGAGCAAUGUGCCUUUCCGCCUGGGCCAAUCGACACCAACACCAAAUGGAUCACCUGUGGAUGACGAUGACAGUGGGCUGCUUCAACAGGAUAAUGCAGAAACAGAUUCUCUUGAUCAAACACCGCCCUCCAGUUUGAGUCAGACAUCGGAUGGAACGCCUCCUUUAACUAUGCAUCGGCCCACCUCCGCACCCUAUUCUAACAGUCCCAGCACAUUCCCGCUUGACGCGCAGCUUUUGACACCACCGGCCUGGAUUCCCGACGAAUCAGCGCCGCAUUGUAUGUCUUGUCAGUCUGUGUUUACGGUCGUGCGCCGGCGUCAUCAUUGCCGCAAUUGUGGAAAAGUCUUUUGUGGCAAAUGCAGCGCAAAUGCUGUCCCGUUACCUCGCUACGGCCACGUCAAGCCCGUCCGUGUCUGCAACCGAUGCUUCAUGUUCCACGUUACCCACUUUGCCGUGACGGAAGCUUCCCUCUCCUAAUAACGAGCCUACAAUUUCUCCGUCUCCUAUCAACAUCUUGCCGGUUUACUGCACUUUUCCAGAAGAGACUACGCACAAUAUCUAUCUACACAGGAUGCCGUAUUGACCAUGGUGACGAAAACCUAUUAAAUUGACCUUCAAAAAAAUCAACAAGUCCAACUACUCCCUUGGUUCGUCCCUUCCCCACACUGUAUUUUUUAUUAUUAUUCUCCGGGCAUCGUUGAAUUUACAUUUUGCGGGUGGUUAGUGACCGGACGAAGCCAUGUUGCCUUGUACAGUUCGCGUAUCCCGCCCUAUAUCCCUACACAUGCGCCUUCCUUUGUUCCUUUCUGUAUUAUUAUUAUUAUCAUAAGUUUUUCUUUUGUCCUUCUAUUGAAGCAAUUAUUUGAUUGCGAAAGUCUUAAUUGUUGGAGCAAACUUUCUGGCGAUCGAUGGCCUCCGUGAGACCAAAACUGUGAAUUUUUUCUCCCCUCCCUUUUCCAACUUAAGCCAGAUAAAAAUAGAAGGAACGGAAGAAAAGCGUUAGAAAGAAUUCGAACAACUUAAUCUGGUGUUGGUUUACAUUGUCAAGGUUCGGAUCGUGCUGCAACCUGCCCUUACAAUCUUUGCAGUUUUCCUGCCAGUUUUCCCAAUCCCUUACCAAUGUCAUUCGAUUCAAGCCCAGAAGUUGUCUAGGUCUUUGUUCAAUCCGAAAGGAAACGAAGAAUGUGUAUUGUACAUUCAAUCCAUUUCUCUACCCCCCAUUGGUAUUCGAUUUACCACAUUUCUUGCUGGACACACCGCUGCAGACCUGUUAUU